ACAGGAAUGAACGAGCAUGGAGAUUUGAAAUUGCACUGAUUGGGAGGGAGCUCAGGUUAGGUUCGGACCACCUCCACACCGGCCCUCUUUAAAGACAAGCGGGCUGAGGCCUGGAGCUCAAAGCUCCACCGAACGCUCACCUGGCCCGGCAUCAGGCGGCGGAGGAGCCCGGAGCCCCGCGCCGAGGGCACGGAGCAGGGCAGAACGCCGAGCCGCAGGCACCCGCACAUCCAGGAUGAUAGGCGACAUUGCAAGAAAUCUCUACGGCCAGCCGCUCAGGGGGCUCCGAGGAAAACACCAAGUUCGGGGAUCCGGGCGGGGAGCCCAGUGAGGCCGCAGCCCCGCGCGCCUUGGGCGAAAAUCUUGGAAAAUGUAUACAAGUCAUGAAGACAUUGGGUAUGAUUUUGAAGAUGACCCCAAAGACAAAAAGACACUUAAACCCCACGCAAAUAUCGAUGGAGGAUGGGCUUGGAUGAUGGUCCUUUCCUCUUUCUUUGUGCACAUCCUCAUCAUGGGCUCCCAGAUGGCCCUGGGGGUCCUCAACGUGGAGUGGCUGGAAGAAUUCCACCAGAGCCGCGGCCUGACCGCGUGGGUCAGCUCCCUCAGCAUGGGCAUCACCUUGAUCGUGGGACCUUUCAUCGGCUUGUUCAUCAACACCUGCGGCUGCCGCCGGACCACGAUCAUCGGGGGGCUCGUGAACUCGCUCGGCUGGGUGUUGAGUGCCUACGCCGCGAACGUUCACUACCUCUUUAUUACCUUCGGAGUGACAGCUGGCUUCGGGAGCGGGAUGGCCUACCUGCCGGCCGUGGUCAUGGUGGGCAGGUACUUUCAGAAGAGGCGCGCCCUUGCCCAGGGCCUCAGCACCACAGGGACGGGGUUUGGCACCUUCCUCAUGACGGUCCUGCUGAAGUACCUGUGCGCAGAAUACGGCUGGCGGAACGCAAUGUUCAUCCAAGGCGCUGUCUCCUUGAACCUGUGUGUUUGCGGGGCGCUCAUGAGGCCCCUGUCUCCUGGGAAGGACAGAAAGGACCCAGCGGGGCGAGAUCCGCGAGUCCUCCCCGAGCACUCCACGGAAUCUAUCAAGACAAGGGGACCGCGGGGCAGGGCGGACGAGAAGGAAGGCAGCCCCGGGCACGAGGAGACCCUCGGUGAGCUCACAGGUCAGGUGUGCCAAGAGGAGGCUGGGCACAGGAAGAACAUGUGCGCCUUUCGGGUGCUGAAGACGGCGAGCCAGCUGACCCUGAGGGUCAGGAAGGGCUUCCAGGACUGGUACUCCGGCUAUUUUGGGGCAGCCUCGCUCUUUACUAACCGAGUGUUUGUAGCCUUUAUAUUCUGGGCUUUGUUUGCGUACAGCAGCUUUGUCAUCCCUUUCAUUCACCUCCCAGAAAUAGUCAAUUUGUAUAAUUUAUCGGAGCAAAACGACGUUUUUCCUCUGACUUCCAUUAUAGCAAUAGUUCACAUCUUUGGGAAAGUGGUCCUGGGCAUUGUGGCAGACUCGCCCUGCAUCAGCGUCUGGAACGUCUUCCUGAUGGCCAACUUCACCCUCGUGCUCAGCAUUUUCAUCCUGCCGCUGAUGCACACCUACGCGGGCCUGGCGGUCAUCUGCGCGCUGAUCGGCUUUUCCAGCGGUUGCUUCUCCCUAAUGCCCGUAGUGACUGAAGACCUGGUGGGGAUUGAGCACCUCGCCAACGCCUAUGGCAUCAUCAUCUGUGCUAAUGGCAUCUCUGCAUUGCUGGGACCACCAUUUGCAGGUUGGAUCUACGACAUCACACAAAAAUACGAUUUUUCCUUCUAUAUAUGUGGUUUACUUUACCUGGUAGGAAUAUUCUUUUUACUCACUCAACUGUGUAUUCAAAUUAUACAACAAUCCAGGAAAAAGCCCAGGGGUGGUGCACAUGUGUAGUGUCAUGUUAUGUUUCAUGUGAGAUUUCUUUGUGGUUCUCACACCUACCUCACCUGGUCGCUGUGAGGGGCCGAUGACAAAUCAUGGGAAAGUGCUCUGUACAGUAACUGGCACUGUCACUUGUAAAUGCCAUUGUCAUUGCUUCACUUGAGAGCAGCACUGCCUUCUUCCGCUUGGGGAGCAGCGACACUGAACAGUAUUCAGGACUCCACGCGUGUAAAGGUGACAAUGGCCUCCAAAGAGAGCCUAUUAAUAAUUGGUAGAAAUGCCCUUAUAAAAACUGUUCUCUCUCAUCAUCCACUGGGACUAGGGUGUUAGACACAGCUUUUCAAAACAAAGACAAGGAAUAAAAGCUUUUUAGUUCAACUAUAGGCAGACCUCAUUUUAUUGCGCUUCACUUUAUUACUGUUCAUGGAUGUUGUGUUUUUUACAAAUCGAGGCAAGGCCCUCAGCUAGCCAAAAGAUUACAACUCGCUUUAUUGCAAUACUCGCUUUGCUGCGAUGGUCUGGAACUGAACUCGCAGUAUCUCUGAGGCGUGCCUGUACUUUGUGAAAUGAAAAUAAAGUAUCUAAAUGCCUCUAGAAAGCUCACAGAUAAAUGGGUUUUAAGCACAAGAGUAUGACUAGACUUCAGAAAUUAAUUGUCACAGGGAGCUAUUUCUCUCCCACUGUAAAAUAAACACA